AUGUUACACAAAACAGCUAUCAAUUACAGUGCAACCGUUACAUUUGAUCGGUACAAGAACCAGAAGAAGUUUAGUGAUGUCCAAUCUGAAUUAGUGAGCUCUUUGAUGUCCAGUCCCAAGCUUAAGGAUCAGAUGCCUGAUGUGAAAAAUUGGAUUUCAAGGUUGCUAAAUUACACAUUAGAAGGAGGAAAAAGGAGCAGGGGCCUGGCGGUACCCUUUGCGUAUGAAAUAAUUGAAGACCCAAAACACUUCACAGAAGAAAAUCUCCAUAGAGCACGUAUUUUGGGGUGGGUCGUGGAAAUAAUAGAAUCGUACGUCUUAACAGUAGAUGAUAUCGUGGACUCGUCACAAACUCGCCGUGGCAAGGAGUGUUGGCACAUCCAUAGCGGCGUUGGGCUGGGGGCAGUCAAUGACUGCGGGCUUCUGCUGUCGUGUGCCUUUGAAUUAUUGGAAAUCUAUUUCGGAAAUGAACAAAUCUACAGCGACUUGGUCAAAAUUACCAAUCAGACAGUAAUCCAGAUGUGCAUAGGUCAGCAUUUAGACUGCUUAUACGUCUACAGAAAGGAGAAGAAUGACUUUGACAAGUUGAUAAAAAAUCAAAUAGAAUUUUUUGAUCUUGUAAAACCUGCCGUUUAUUCUUUCAAAUUUCCUAUACUCUUAGCUCUUGCUUUAGUAAAGGACAGAAGCAUAACUUUUUCAGAAGAAGCUUAUAAUGUAGAUUUGAACAUUGGCAGACUUCUGCAUUUACAGAAUGAUUACAAAGAUGUCUUCGUCGACGAUAUCAAAACAGGCAAAGUAGGCACGGAUAUUCAAGAAGGUAAAUUGACCUGGUUUUCUCUAACAGCGCUGCAGCGCUGCACUGAAGAACAACGUUCCAUCUUCAAAGAAAGCUAUGGAAGCAGCAAUCCUGAAGAUGUGAAGCGGAUCAAGCAGCUUUUUGAUGAUUUAGAUUUGAAAAAUUUGUAUAAACAAAAUGAACGUUCUAUGUAUGAAGAUUUAGUUCAAAGAAUUCGAGAUCUGCCGACGAAAGAGGAGACGCAGUUCUUUACACAGAUUUUAGAUGGCUGUUACAAGCAUUUCUGCUGA